ACUGACGCGGUGUACACAGAUCUGUCAGUUGCCUUUGAUAAGAUCAAUCACAACAUAGCAAUCGCCAAGCUCGAGAAACUUGGAUUCCGCGGUAGUUUGUUGACAUGGUUUAAGUCAUACCUGUCGGGACGCUCGCUGCGGGUGAAAAUUGAGGACGCACUAUCCGAAAGCUUUGACGCCACAUCUGGAAUAGGACAAGGCAGCCAUCUCGGCCCGCUAGUGUUUUUGUUCUUUUUCAACGAUGUCAACUUCACCCUCUCAGGACCCCGUCUUGCCUACGCAGACGAUCUCAAGCUGUUCGCCAAGGUCGACUGUUUAGACGACGCCAAAGCCUUACAACGUGAACUCGAUAAAUUCGCUGACUGGUGUGCGGUGAACCACAUGGUUCUCAACCCCGGGAAAUGCCAGUUCGCUCCCCGCUGGAAUACUGUUCCGCGGUCUGGACUCCGCACUACAACAACGCUGUUUACCGGCUCGAGAGUAUCCAGAGAAGGUUCGUCCGCUACGCCCUGAGAUCACUGCCCUGGAGAAAUCCCCAGCAGCUUCCGCCAUACGAAGACCGCUGUCAGCUCAUGCACCUCGACUCACUUCAGCUGCGUCGUGACCUGGCCCGUGCAUUGACUGCCUCAGAUGUACUAACUGACAGAAUUGACUGCCCCUCUCUUCGCGAAAAGAUCAACGUAACAACACCUGCCCGCCAGCUACGCCAUACGCCAAUCGUGCAGAUCCCUUUUCGACGUACAAACUACAGCGCCAAUGGCGCUGUAGUCGGACUGAAGCGAGCCUUCAAUAAAGUGUCCACUGUUUUUGAUGUUAGUUUGUCCCGCGAUGUGUUAAAGUCUAAGUUUUUAUCAGUGUUGAGACGAUUGUAUUAGUUGGUAGUUUUAGUAUUAGGUUCAUUUGGGCAAAAAGUGCCUGUUGAGGAAUAAA